UAGAGGAGAAAGGAGAAAAAAAAGAAAGGAAAGAAGAGAUCGAGAGAAGCAGUAGCAAUAAUGGAAGCAAUAACCAGCAAAUCCCUCUCAUCACUUCUUCUCUUCUUCUUCCUGGUGCUCUGCUUCUCCGCCGGUGCGCUCACCUCCGCCGACUCCACCUCCUCCGCCCCGGACGACUUCAUCCACGCCUCGUGCGGCGCCACGCGGUACCCGGCCAUCUGCGUCGAGUGCCUCAAGUCGUACGCCCCUACGGUCCACCGGAGCCCCCGCCAGCUCGCCCUGGCCGCCCUCGCCGUCACCGCCGACCGGGCCCGGUCCGCCUCCACCUUCGUCUCCGGCCUCACCCCAGGCACCAAGCCCGCGCGGUCCAGGGAGGCCGGCGCGGUCCAGGACUGCGUCGAGACCAUGCAGGACAGCGUGGACCGCCUCCGCCAGUCGGUCCGGGAGAUGAACCGCAUGGGCCGGGCCCAGAGCAGCCGGUUCACGUGGCACCUCGACAACGUCCAGACCUGGGUCAGCGCCGCCCUCACCGACGUGAACACCUGCCUCGAUAGCCUCGCCCAGAACGGGAGCGGUCGGGUCCGGACGGCCAUCCGGAACAAGGUGGUCGAGGUCUCCCAGCUCACGAGCAACGCCCUCGCGCUGGUGAACCGCCUCGAUCCGAGAAACUGAACCGGUUCGCACUAUCUCACUCUCUUCUUGAGGUCUGUACUCUAUAGUUUGUAUUUGCCACUCGUUGUUGCAGCCCUUGGUUUCCAUGUAUGUAAGAAUGAAAGCUUUGUGUGUGCUGAGAUGUGAAAAAGAAGAGAGAAAGCAAUGUAAGGUUGUUUAAUCAUUAAAAAAAGAAAAAAUGAAAAGAAAUGUAAGGUUGUACAGUUUUAGCUUAUGAAUUAAAGUUUUGAUCUGAUGAUGUACUUCUGGUUUGGUAGAGUAAUGGGUUAAGUG